UUUGUUAGAUUGUCGUCUUGUUCUUUACCGUUGUACAAGUUGGCAUUGAUUCAAACGGACAGUUUCCAUGAAGUUAUUAGAAAAGCACUUCAGUCGGACUGCUCUUUGUCCUUUGGACGUCCUGCUUGGUCAGGGUACACCCGUCAGCUGUCGGGGCACACACAAAGCAUAUAACAAAUAAUAUUUUGGUAAAACAGCGAAACUUCGUCAUAAUCAAGUUAUUGUUAAGUGCCUUUACCUUAGAUGCUAAUAAAUGCUAUUCAAUUGGAAACAAUACGUGUUGUUCUUAGUUGUUCAAUACGGGCUUCCAGUCUAUGUUAGCAUUUGUUACACGCUCGCAAUUGAAAAGAAAUUGCCCCUGGGUUUUUUCAACGAAUACAAUCACUUUUAGGAGAGAGCAGUUAUUCAACCCAGUGAACCAGCAGGCAGUUUGCACGUGUCUGCGGGAGGUAAAGAUCUUGGCUGAAAUUUGACGCAGAUCUCGGCCCUUGACUGAUUUCCUGACUACGUUCCUCUACAAAGCGUGCUUAAUUAAACCUCAAUCACUUUCUAAAGCUUUGUGGCGAAGUGUCAGCAAAGGUAGGCCCAAUUCAUUGUACUCUAUUAUCAAGUGGUUGUUCGAGCACAAAACACUGCAUUAGCGAGGUGUGAUUUAUCCUGGCGCCAUUUACACCUGCGUAUAAGCAGUUCAUCAUUGUUUCUGCACAUGCUUUCCAUUUCUCUAGAUCUGUUGAAAAGAACGUAGAAUUGAGUCUGUAUAUUAUUUUGAACUGCAGUGGGAAUCUUGUAUAUCACCUGCAAAGAAGCUUAAGAAGACACAGAAGGUCGGUAAUUCAAGAACCAAAUUCAUCGUCGACUAAUUCGAUUAAGCUUUACCCCAAGACUUCUUCGUAAUCCUGAUGGAUAGCUUUAGACGAUUACCUCAAAACAACCUUCUGCAAACUGGAUUAUCCGCGCCAAUGGAAACUGGUAAAGGACAAUUAGCGACCGGACAGCAAGAAGUCGAUGAUCGUAACAGAUCUGAAAACAAUUUGCAGCGUGACGAGAGUGACCAAAACCAACAAGUCGAUGAAAUGCAGAAUGAGUCCAACACGGAUAACAAGAAAACGCGAACCCACCGCAAAUCCAGACGAAGGCCUCCAUACUCCUACAUAGCACUUAUUGCAAUGGCGAUCCAAAAUUCGUCAGAGAAGAGGCUGACUCUGGAUGGUAUAUGUAAGUUUAUCAGAGACAGGUUUCCCUUCUACCGCGAUACCUACCCAUCGUGGAAAAUCUGCAUCCGCAAUAACCUCUCACUGAACGACUGUUUUAUCAAGACCGGAAUUAAGUCCGACGAGCCACUAAAGGGGAACUACUGGACACUGGAUCCGGAGAGUUAUAACAUGUUUGAAAAUGGCAGCUUUCUUCGAAGGAAGACAAGAUUUAAAAGACAGGAUCCCAACAGAAUCGAGGCCAAGUCUGUGCCUGUUGUAGAACCGGGGAGGCACGCUUUCACUUCUCCUCUAGAUCUCCACAAUCGAUUUGGCACAACUUCGUUGAUGCCACAGUUAGGCUUUCCAAGUCUUGAACCGCACAAAGUCUCAGGGAUUGCACCUUUUGGCCUUCCCUUCCAAUAUUACAGUCCCUCGACGUCAACAGACUCUCUGUUUGUCCACUCCCAGAUACCGUUUUUGCCUUACUACCAACAUCUUAACUGCACGCAAUGCAAUCUCUGCGAGAGUUCCAAGCACUUCCAUCCUUAUUUGAGGCUUUAGAUUACUUACCAAGAACUGAAAAACGUUUCUACGUCUAUUCCAAAUAAAUAUUUGGAAAGUUCAAUGUCAACCAGGCCCAGAAUGUUACCAUCUACUGCUUCUGACCUUCCUUCACCGAAAACUAUAAUGUUAAACUUAAGUUUCUCAUAAGAAUUCAAACCUGACUGAUUCAGUUAAAGUGCCUAAAAUUCAGAAUUUUUCGAAAUAAAACGCACUAAUUAGGAUGGGUUAAAGUCUUCUCGACAAAGGACAAGUCAAAGGAAGAGCAAUGCAAAUAUAAACUCAGAGUAAUUCGAAUCAGGUUAGGAGUACAAGAUUCUGCAGGUUAAAUUACUACAAUAAAAAAAGACAUUGUAUAAAGUGAAGGCGGUGUGUGCAUCAACACAAUGAGACAUUUACACGUACUGCCGCAUCGGCUAGAUACGUGAAAACGAUUUUUUUCACAGAUUACUUAAAAUAGCAAGGCAAGAGUUUCUUUACAGAGAGCUCCUGAAACCUUUCUUGGCUGCUACGUUUUAAUUGUUGCAACUUUCUUCUAAAACAAGAUUCUUUAAAAUUUUAAUGCUUUGCACAGUUGCAUUGUAUCAUCAUGUCCUGAAUUUACAACAGAAAAAUUACAUACUUCGCCUCUUGAAAAUAUUUUAAACUAACUAGUAAUUUUUUGUAUUUAAUCAUGAUCUUGAGUAACAUAUAUUGUGGUUUAAGUAAUUGGAUUGUACAUAGGCUUAAAAAAAUUCCAUGAUUAUUAAAAUAUAUGCUUAGAAAUCAACAGCCUUGCUGUGGGACCCAAGUACGCACUGCACGUUUUCAAUCUGUAAAUUUCCUAAUUUAAUAGAUAACGUGUUCGGAACAUUUUGCUUUAUUCCUUCUUUGUUGAGGUCAUACUGACCUUAAGCAUGUUCCAUAAGGUUACGAUCAGUUGGCUGAUGAUAUGCCAGUGAUGUGAUAAGCUCCUAUAACCAGGUGGCAAUAAGUGUUUGUCACCCUCGGCUGUAAUUUCGAGCCAUGCGGUCGGGCUAGUCCAUUGCACCCCCUGAGUUCGAAGAAGAAAAAAACCUGCCUUUUAUUCUCAGCAGUACUCGGAAAUCGUGAGGUCUCUUCUUUUGUUUUCGUAAACAAACUCCUCUUCCAUUGUCAGUAAACUUUUUGCUGUGAAAGAAAAGGAAAUAACAUUUAACACAGUUAAAAUCCCCUUGCUUAGAAAAACAGGUCUGCUUCUACCAUUGAUGGUGAGCCGCCUAUCGUUAUUUAAUGUAAGGAAAUACUUUCCUGUAAGUUUGCGCCAUCACAAACGCCACAAAACAGGAACUGACAAAAACGAGAGCGCUUGUUGAGUUUUUCAAAGGUGAAUAUAGUUUUUGCACGGUGGAUGUUUGAGUUGUUUGUUGAAUUUUCGUUUCACUUUUAUCCCACGCAUUCUGUGAAAAUAACCCAUGCCUUUAGGGCAAACGGAUUGUGUUUGCGUUCUUCAGAUGCUGUCUACGACAAGAGAAACACUACAAGUAAUUGGCUUUUUUUCACGGGUGGUUUGCGAUGUAUAAUGUCUAGUCACUGACAACACAGCGGUUGAACUUAAUUUUUAAUUUGAAAUUCACAUCCCCGCUCCAAGCGGUAAUUCAGUCACAUUCAUAGCCACCAUGUGGAAUUUCCACCUACGAAGCGAAUUCAUUUAUUUUCGAGCAAACUCCACAUGCUGGGGCAGUUUUAUGCCAGGCCUCAAUACAUACCCACUGAAUGAGAUUUUUAUGUGUUGUUCUUUGAUUUCAAGCUGGGUUGUUUAUGUUUUAUUCAGCGACACCGCACAUGAACAGUGAACAAGGGAACAGUGUUAGCUCCUGACCUCGCGUAAAUAUAAAUCAGCAGAACAGGCUGAACCUUUUAUACAUGAGAUAUCGUCAUCUGUUAAUACGUUUUUGAUUUUUCUUUAAGUUUACUGAUCUGGAGACAACAAAUUUGGCAACUUUUUGUGAUUCCAUUAGCGGUUACUUGUUCAAGAUUUGCUAGAGUUAUCGAAUAAGACAAGUCUACAUAAGAUAAUGCCUUAAAUAAAAUCGUUUCUGCGACGGAUGUUGAAUGCAUGAUCAAAAUUAACAAGCUUUGGCUUUCAACUAAAACCGAGUACGUUGGGGGCUCUGUCCAUGAAGGAAAAUAAAAUGCAUUUUACUUGUGAAUGCAGGUUAAAAGAGAUGUUAUGUAGAGUUUUGCCUGAUCGUUCUGUCUUUUGUUCCUAAGAUUCGGCCCAUCCGUUCACUGACUGAAAUGCGAUGCCUCCUGAAUCAUCUUGGUGUAUUGUAAAAUUAUUAUUUCUUUCAUUACCUUUAUUCAGUCAAUAUCUACAUCUGGACGCCUUCACUUAAUCUGCUAAUGCCAUUAGCUUUUCACAAAACAAUUGAAAACGUUAGGCAAAUCUAUAGCCAAAUUAGUUCUUUGUGGAAGACCUGUAAUUUUCCUCUCCUUGUCAAAUCAUUAACGAUAUUGCUUUAGUUUUCAUAAUGCCUGUACUUGUCGCUUUUCAUUUAUUGGCAGUAUAGCUAGCUAUUGAACUCAUGGCUCAUCACGAGGUCUGAUAUCGUUAACUUGUGCUGUUAUAAUAUUGUUCGCCAGGUCUUAUCACUCCUACGCCUAAUUAACUGUUUUUCGACUCUGAACGUUAUAAA